AACCUGUCCACUUUUCCAGAUAGGUCUCAUCAUUUUUCCUCCUCUAUUUCUUUUAACAGCAACCAAACAUGUCUACCUGAUCUUCUUCUAACCCAUGAGUUCUUUGUUCCUUGUGAUCCCUUCAGGGUCUAAGUAAGCCAAGAACCAAGUGUCAUGGUCAUGCAGCCCACAGAAGCUGUGCAGGAAGGAGAAAGCUCUGAUGCCCCUCUGACACUAAUGAAUCACUGGCCAAUAUUGCCAAUUCUGGAAGAGGACUUCUCAGAUACUCAGACUCCUUUCUGGUACCAAUACCAAGAAAAUUGCCAAAAUCACAAAGAACAAACUGACACCAGAAUACUACAAUUAGAGAGCCAUUCUCAACCUUAUCAUGAGCACAAAGAACAAGUGUCGGAGUUGGGUCAGAUUGACAUAUCUUACAUCAUGCAAUGGUGGGACAAGGGCUGCAGGGCUCUGAUUGCAGAAUGGAAUUCUCUCAAAAGGACACACUGGGACAGACUGAUGACAGCAGCAGGCACAGUCAGUUGGAGAGCCAUCUUAUCCACUUGGAAAACCACACCAACAUAUGCAGAAAUCUCAAGUCUUUGGGUCAACUCCUAUUCACAGAUAUUCGGUAAAAGGUAGAAGCUUUUCUGCAUCCUGAUCUGCAGAGAUGAAUAGGAAGAUUUUCACAUGCUACAAAGCUUCCAAGAGACUGAGACCAGCAGAAAGAAGAUAUUUCAUGACCGUUGUCCAGGCCUUUCUUCUGAUACAGAAUCAGUACUAUUUUUUUUUUUUAAGAUUUUUGCCACAGGGC